UAUAGGGCCCUGCUGGCUGGCUUUUGCCCAUCAGCUGUGUCGAUGGGUUAUUUUCUUCCAAGGGCUUUUCUCCCUUUUGCUCGGCUGUCGAGUCUUUCAGUCUUUGGCCGACAGUCGAGCCGGUCGCGACUACAGCAGCAGGGCCUCCUCCUCCUAGCUCCUUCCCGCACGCUCCUCUUGUGAUAUAGAAAACAUUGGCCCACCCACUAGCACUGGGAGAAAGAACAAGAGUCAACGUGUGUGUCAGCGUGUGUGUGCGGUAGAGCUAGGCGGAGAAAAGAUCCAAAAAGAGAAAGAAACGCCCGAGUGCUACUACUAGUAGUACUGCAUAUAGACAAGGCGACUGUCUAGAGUGUGCGGCAGUUGAGUUGAGUUAGUGGCAGCAGCUGUAGGGGGACACUCGACACUCGCAGUCGCUCCUCAGCGCUCCUUCCUUGGACAAACAAACAGCACAACGCCCCAGCAUCAGCUCCUUACACCUCCAUAGCGACGACAAAACACUUUUCAUUUUUUUUCGAAAAAGGUGCUAUCAACAGUUGGACAGUUUAAAAAAAAAAGAAUUAAGUGUUUCCUACCUGGACUGGACAUUACCGAAAGCUGAGGAUAUUAUUAUUGAGUGACUGGACUCUUGUUAUUACAAUCAAAAUCGACUGAUGGAUUCAUCGCUUAGUGUUGCAUCCGAUUGCUGAACAAUCCCCAAUCAUCGCCGUGUCAACAUUUGCGUCUGGCGGACGAGUUUUCCAUUGUCAACCCGAAAUCAACCCCCCAAAAAAUUCUACGAAAACGGAACCGUUUGCAAUCACAUCCGCCAGUCCAGUCAACUCACGACCAUGUCUCCAACCGGAAGGAAUAAUCACCCGUGGCUAUCGCUGGCCACUUGUUACCUGCUGAUGGCAUCAACAGCCAUCCUCGUCGCAGCUCAACACGAACCCGAUCGACCUCUCGAUCAGGAACAGGUCAUAUCGGAUCUGCGCCAACUGUUGGAUUUGCAAUUCGACCUGACCAACAACGGGAGUGCCGAAAUUUCGCCCGUCAAUUUAAUGAAGCGGAUGUCCAAUUUGAGGCAACUGCGCGAUCCGCACACGAUGAACCGGCUGGCUCAGAUGGCCAGACAGCGGCCGCCACCUCCGCCGCCGUUCGCCAUCCAGCCCGGCCGCUUCAACAAUUUCCGCUACCCACCGACCCCUUCGACUUUCAUGGGCGCACCUCCGCCGCCGCCCAAUUUCCAGCUUCCGGCCAAACAGCAGCCGGACCAUCACCCCAAUCUUUACCUGGGAGUCGACGGCCAUCUCCAGUCACCUCGCAACAACGAACUGUCGGAGAGCAACCGUCGGAUCUUCUUUGGCGACUCCAAGAUUUGCUACACGGAUUCGUGCGAGUUCUUCCUGCUGUGCUGGUUGACGGGCGGUCUGAUCCAGAAGAGCUGCGGUGGGUUCCUGUUCGCCUGCUGCCAUCGGCCGGGCAUCAGUCCGGAGCCGCCCACGCCCUACGUCGACUCACUCGAACAUCCCGUCGUGUCGUACGGACCCGUCAGAAGCGACGCCCAAUGCGGGACGACGUUGCAGCGGACAGACACUGCUCAAAGGCGAAUCGUCGGAGGAGACGAGGCCGGUUUCGGUACUUUUCCCUGGCAGGCGUACAUUCGGAUCGGAUCGAGUCGUUGCGGUGGCUCUUUGCUCAACAAUUAUUACGUCGUCACGGCCGGCCAUUGCGUCGCCAGGGCGAAAGCGGAACAAGUCAAGAUCACGCUGGGCGAGUAUUCGCUCAAUUCCGACGUCGAGCCGCUGUCGCCCGUCCAGGUGGGCGUUGCCGAGAUUCACGUCCAUCCGUAUUUCAAAUUCACGCCGCAAGCCGAUCGCUACGACGUGGCCGUCCUCCGACUGGACCGCUACGUCCCUUACGAGCCGCACAUUUCACCCAUUUGUCUGCCGGAGAAGGGCGACGAUUUCCUGGGCGAAUACGCCUGGGCAGCCGGAUGGGGAGCCAUGCAAGCAGGUUCCCGCGUUCGACCCAAGACGCUGCAGGUGGUCGACGUGCCCAUCAUCGACAACCGACAGUGUGAGGACUGGCACUCGUCCAAGGGCAUCAACGUCAUCAUCUACGACGAGAUGAUGUGCGCCGGAUAUCGCAACGGAGGCAAAGAUUCCUGCCAGGGAGAUUCGGGUGGUCCGUUGAUGUUGCAACAGAGCGGACGAUGGGAAUUGGUGGGCAUCGUCUCGGCCGGUUAUUCGUGCGCCCAAAACGGCCAGCCGGGCAUCUACCAUCGAGUGUCGUACACCACCGAUUGGAUUUCGCACAUUGCCUUCUCUUAAUCUCCGACAAGGACCAUCAUUUCUAUUGACGGGAUCCAUUUUUAAAAAAGAGAAAACAAACAAACAAAAAUACAAAAGAGUGUAGCAUAUAAUUAAAACAAAGAAAGAUAAAUUUUUUGAAUAUUUUUGGAGGAGCGAGAUGCGUGCAGAUCACGUGCCGCCGUCUCUAGUCUCAACAUCAUCACGUCAGCAGCUCCUUAAUUUGUGUUUCGCCUAAUUUCGAUCCAUCGCACCUGUUCCGACGGAAGAAAACGCUCCAAUUCAGACCGGAAUUGGAGAUUGGCAACGAUGCGGUGCUGGAAUGAAAUAACAAAAAAAAAAGAUGAUCCUAUAUUUUUUCCAAGUGUUUUUUAAAAACUGUACGUGUACAUGUCAUUGCGCAAUUUCCUGUUUGUUUUUUAAAAGUUUUUUGUCAUCAUAUCGCGGGUUCGGGAGCAAUAAGGGUGUGUCCAUUUGUAUGUCCGACGUCAGAAAGGAUCACGCGCCAGCAGCAGUAAAAUGUAUAGAGAUAUGAAUGAUAAUACGACAGACACCCCAGUCCGAUUUAUAUAAAUGUACUGUCUUUACUAUUCAGCGUCCGUCUUUUCUCUUUCUCUCCACGAUUGUAUUAUGUUUCUAGCUCCUUUUUGAUUCGUUUAUUUUUUUAUUAAUUUUCCCUGUCGUCGUCGACCGCACGCAGACUAUUGAUACAUAUGCAGGUGAUUGGUAGGCUGGCACUACUAAUUAUGUCACUAACUUUCCAUUCACUUCGCGUCUAUACGUUUAGAAAUUCUUUAUCAUUGAAUUGAUGGGGAAUUUAAUUGUUGUCCCUAACACAAAUUUCUUUUUCUUGUUAUUACAUAUUCCUUCUAUUACCAUCACGUCACCCAGCACCUCUUCUCUAUGAAUAAUUGUUUCUAUAUUUUUCUUUAAUCACACAGCCCCUCGCAAAAAAUGUUUUUCUGUUCAAAUCCGGCCGCGUACAAUUUUGCGGCAAUUUUGAUUCACUUAUCACAUGCGAUUUUCGCUCGUUUCUUCUUCUGUUUAUUUCUUUUUUAAUGGGAACAAAUCUCAGCUGAUGACUGUGGAUUUCGUGUGUGGCUGCUGUCGUGUGCUGCUGGAAUUUACGUUGAAUACAUGACCGAAACAUUUUAGAAAAAAGUGUAACAGAAA